AUGAACGAAACAGCUGAACACCAUCAAAUUCGGCUUGAAAAGCAAAAACGUCGAGAUCAAUCUCGUCGAUCAAAUGAAACAGAAGAACACCGUCAACUUCGCCUUGAAAAGCAAAAAACACGAAAUCAAUUGAAUACAGCAGAGCAACGUCAGAUUCGACUUGAAAAACAGAAAACACGAGAUCAAUUUCGUCGAUCAAAUGAAACAGAACAACAACGUCAAAUUCGACUUGAGAAGCAACGGAAACGAAGCGAAGCAAGCAGAGCGAAGAAGAAACUUGAAAAACAUACAUUUGACAACAUUGACAUUCAUCGACAAAAUAUCGAAAUGCAAUUUAGUGGAGCGGAAGAAGAAAAACAAAUUCCUAAAUUCUCAGCUGCCAACAAUAUAUGGUUAGGUGACGUACCUUCUGAAUUACGAGGAUUGACAAUUCCAGAAGAAAAAUUGAUAUCACUCUAUCGUCACAAUAGCUGUAUCAUAAAACUUCAUUCGCCUUUCCAUUCAACUACAAGUGCUCAAACAGCAUUGAAAGGCAACUGUAUUACUUUUCUUCAAGAUGUACCAAACAUUGUUAAUAGUUUACCACUUACACUUGACGAGCUGUGUGGUACACUUAAGGUAAUUUUCGUCGGAGCUCAUCCUCCUGAACGCAUUCAACUUAAAAAAGUGCUCAUAGUACGCAAGAAGAAAAUUAUCGAAGCAUUACGUUGGCUGAAGAAACUCAACAUACUUUAUCAAAAUGUUGAUAUAAAUCUGAAGAAUAUUGCUCAAUUACCUGAAGACGAUGUACCAGAAUGUAUUAUGUCAACGAUGGAACAGAGGAUAGGUGAUGAAGAAAUUCAAUCUGAAAGAAUUGGAUAUAUUCCAGAUCCAUUAUCUGACCCAAUAGAACGUACUAGUACAGAUAGUAUUCCUAUUAGUAACAGUGGUGUUCUCGAUGUCAAUGGCUCAUCAGUGUCUUCAGAUGAAAUUACUAAUUAUCUUUUGCACAAAAUUAAAAAUGACGGAACAAAGGAACAGAUGGACACCGAAAAUGUUUAUUUAAUUCCUCAUUCUUUGAAGCCUGUUAAUGAAUAUUUUAAUCCAAAACUACUCGUAGGUCUGUAUCCAGCCUUAUUCUGUUACGGACGUGGAGCACCUGAAGAUCAAUCUCGUCCUGUUAAAGUAAAUUUACGAGAACACAUACGUUAUCUGUUAUCGUAUAAUGAUCGACGUUUUGAAACAAACCACAGUUUUAUAUUUGUCGUCUUCAACCUAUUACAACGACGUGAUGCUUGUUUUCAUGCUCAGCUGAUCGCAACAAAACCUUACUUUCGGGCAUCUGCUGAUGAAAUUCAAUCCUUGAAAAGUAAAGAUAUUGAAAUGGCGCUCGAUAACAUUUCCAAAAAAACAUACAGUUCAGAAUCCAACAGUGCAUUAAAUAAAUUAUUGCAUCAUAUUAAAACCAUCGGUGGCCGAGUUAUGGGUUCAGCAUAUUCACGUACGGCAUUACGUACACGUAUUCAUGCAUUAAUCUAUAAUCAAUGGUUACCAAGCAUUUUUUUAACUUUAAAUCCAGCUGAUAUUCACAAUCCCGUGACAUUAUAUUUUGCCGGCGUCAAGCUUGACUUGGACAAUAUUCAAAUGGAACAACUUAUGGAUACUUACAAAAGAGCUGAAAUUAUAGCAUCUCAACCUGUUGCUACUGCCAAAUUUUUCCAUUUAUUGAUCAGUAAUAUCUUAAAUACUAUGAUUAGUGGUGGUGUUGUUGGAUCAAUAAAAGCUUACUUCGGUACCGUUGAAAGUCAAGGACGAGGUUCUCUUCACUUGCAUCUUCUUAUUUGGCUUGAUCAUGACAUGAAGCCAGCUGAUAUGAAAGAGAAAAUUCAAAAUGCUGAUUUUCGUGAAAAAUUGAAGGCAUAUUUAGAAGACAUCAUCAAAGAAGACUUAGAUGAAUUCAAAGACAAACAUGUCUUUGAGAAUUUACACGUGACAAGAACAUUGAAUACUCCACCACGAUUAUCACAAGAUAAUAUCUAUGCAGCUUUACGUACUAUGGAUUUAACAGGUUUAGGUGAAAAUAUAAAUAAAUCUCCUGUUUGGUCAACACCAAUCAAGCAACAACUUUCUCCGUCAACUCCUUAUGCUUCUCCAUUACGGAAUAAAUCGUUACAGACACCAACACAUGAUCGACCAACAUCCAUUAUGAAUGUUUUACACAAUCAAUCAAACAUAAAUCCAGCUUGCUUACCUACUCCAAAUCCAUCAUCGCCUAAUUUUGCAGCACGCUUUCGUGCAGAUGUAGUACAACUUGUGGAAACAGACAACAAGCACAAGCAUAGUGACACAUGUUACAAGUAUUCUAAUCCUAAACAAGGUGACAAGAAAAUUUGUCGACUGCGUAUGCCACGCAAAUUAGUACCAGUUUCGACGAUUGAUCCGAAUACCGGUCAUAUCUCUAUGCGACGAUCCGAUCCAUGGAUUAACAAUUUUAAUGAAUAUCUCAUCGCAGCCUGUCGAUCCAACAUGGAUAUUAAAUUUAUUUGGAGUGGUAGUGAUGCAAAGGCUCUUGUUUAUUAUAUUACCGAUUAUGUCACAAAGAUGAGUCUCUCUUUUCAUGAUACAUUUGCUCUUGUACAAAAAAGCAUAACAUCGUUCCAAAAUUCAUUGCAACAGACAAGCAAGGAAAGUGCAAUCGAGAAGUCACGUAAACUCGUUUUACGCUGCUACAAUACACUUGCUUCUCAACAAGAGCUAUCUGGGGUUCAAGUGGCUUCUUAUCUCAUGAAUUGGGAUGAUCAUUACACAACACACAAAUUCCAAGGUCUCUUUUUAAUUCAAACUGAACGGUUUUUACAAGCUGAAUUGAAUGAAAUACGCACUAAACAAUAA